AAUUUUAAUGUAGAAAUGUUUCUUUCUUUUUGUUUUUUUCCAGCUUUUGCUUUGGUUUCUGAAGAUAUAAAGAAAGAGGUCAAGCAGUCUAAGAAUUUGGAGAAAAGUGGUAUAUCUAAGAAAAAUGAUAUAGAUUUAAAAGAAAUUGUAUUUGUCAUCCAGAGUCAAAGUAAUUCUUUUCAUGCAAGAAAAGCAGAACAGUUAAAAAAAAGCGUCUUAAAGCAAGCUGCAGAUCUUACACAGGAAGGCCCCCGAGUGCUCCUCCUCCACCAGCUUGCCCAGCAGGAAGGCGCAUGGACCAUACUUCCGCUGUUACCGCACUUUUCUGUAACAUAUAGCAGAAAUUCAUCUUGGAUUUUCUUCUGUGAAGAAGAGACAAGAAUACAAAUUCCAGAACUCUUAGAAACACUCAGAAGAUACGACCCAUCAAAGGAAUGGUUUUUAGGAAAAGCCUUACACGAUGAAGAGUCUACAAUAAUUCACCAUUAUGCCUUUUCUGAAAACCCCACAGUGUUUAAGUAUCCAGACUUUGCUGCUGGCUGGGCCCUGAGUAUGCCACUUGUAAACAAGCUUACCAAGAGGUUAAAGAGUGAAUCCCUGAAAUCCGACUUUACGAUAGAUUUAAAACACGAGAUCGCCCUCUACAUCUGGGACAGAGGCGGCGGACACCCCCUCACUCCGGUGCCCGAGUUUUGUACCGACGGUGUGGACGCGUCCUGUGCUACCACAUUCCGUUCUUUUCUGCCGCUCUGUGGACAUCCAGUGAAGAAGGAGGAUAUUUUUGUUGCAGUAAAAACAUGCAAGAAAUUUCAUGGUGACAGAAUCCCCAUCGUGAAGCAGACUUGGGCGGGUCAGGCAGCUCUCAUCGAAUACUACAGCGAUUACGCAGAUGGCUCCAUUCCGACGGUGGAUCUGGGAGUUCCCAAUACGGACAGAGGUCAUUGUGGAAAGACAUUUGCCAUUUUGGAAAGGUUUCUGAAUCACAGCCACGACAGAGUAGCCUGGUUAGUCAUCUUGGAUGAUGACACGCUGAUAAGCAUCUCCAGGCUCCGGCACCUGCUGAGCUGCUACGACCCCCGCGAGCCCGUGUUCCUGGGAGAGCGCUACGGCUACGGCCUGGGCGCCGGCGGCUACAGCUACGUCACGGGAGGAGGAGGGAUGGUCUUUAGCAGAGAGGCAGUCAGGAGACUUCUCGCCAGCAAGUGUCGUUGCUACAGCAAUGAUGCUCCGGAUGAUAUGGUCCUGGGGAUGUGCUUCAGCGGGUUAGGGAUCCCUGUGACACACAGCCCGCUCUUCCAUCAGGCCCGGCCCGUGGACUACCCCAAGGACUACCUGUCCCACCAGGUCCCCAUUUCCUUCCACAAACACUGGAACAUCGAUCCAGUGAAGGUCUACUUCACAUGGUUGGCACCCAGUGAGGAAGACAGAGCCCAGCAGGAGACACAGAAAGGCUUUAAAGAGGAGCUGUAAGGCCCGGCGCCGGGAGCCCAGGCAGGAUGCCAGGCAGAGACCGGCCUCGUCCUGCUGCGGUCCUCACGCUCACGCGCGACACGGGGCACAGCGGCUUCCUGACUUUAGGUGGAAAUUACUGGAUGGUAAUUUCUGAGUGGGGGGGGAGGAGUCAUAGGGAAAACAGAUUUUUUUUUUCCUGAGAGAAAUCACUUCCUUUUGCAUCACGCGGCUGUUGUAAUACGCAGUGAUUACUGUGUGUUUUUCAAGCUGUAAAACAGCAGCUUUGUUUCUGUCACAGGAAAAGAAAUGGCACCAAAGUCUCCUUCCUGCUCUCUCUCCUUUGUAACGGAGGUUUCAGUUGGGCGUGAGGCUGGAGAGACGUGACUGUCUGUCAUCAUACGUGUAAAAUAAAGAAGAGGGGAAGUCCACUGAUCUGGGUAUUACAAUGGGGUGAACUUUUUAACCGUAUUAUUGAUGAUUGAAAUUAUUUCCUGGUUAACUCACUAGGAAUAUUGCUGUAUUAAGGAUCAUUCAUAAACCAUCAUAAAAGUCUAGUGAUGAAAAAUCCCCUGGAGUCUGUAAUCAGGGUUGUUAUGUUUUAUCUAUUUUUCUGUUUGUGCCUCAUAAAAAGAGAGUAAGAAGCCUGCGAGCGUGUUCUACUUCUUUAGAGGUUUGUCUGUGUUCCAUUUCUCCCUGAAGCCCUAUCUUUAUGACCUACUUGUAACACAAGUGUGCUCGCUGCGACCGGAAAAUAGUGUUCUCAACAUUUAAAAACAGUGUCAUAUUUUAUUCAAGUCACUGAGCUCUGUGUAAGUCUCGGGAAGUGAAGGAAGUGAAUUAAAUUAAUUUUACAUGGUACUUUACUCUUAUUUUUAUUUGUAUGCUACUUAAUGAUCCUCUCCAGACUCAGAAUAGGCCCCCCCAGUGUACCCUGAAGCCCCAGUUGGGGUACCAAAUGGUGAUUUGGCAGUUUCCCCAGGCUCUUAAAGAAUGAAAUUUGAAAACAGUAUUUUGAAGCAGCUCUAAUUUCCAAAUCAUAUCUUUAAUAUAUUAUUAAAUACAUUAUUAAUUUGUAAAGAAUACUCUGUAUUUUAAUGUUUUAAUUAUAUAAUUCAGUUUUCUAAAGGUAUUUGUGUAAAAUUUGAUUUUGAUAUGUCUUAAAACUAAUUUUGGUAUAGUAAAAUACUUUCCUCUUUUUUUUAAAUAAAAAUUUCUAUUCAUUAACUUUGCAUAUAAUGUUUUUAUAGCCAAGCACAGGGUUUUAAAGCCAUGUCACCAAAAGUACCCAUGUUUGUGUUUUUAACAGUACAUUUUUCUUGUAGCUUAUAUGCGACUGACUUCCAAAAUGAUGCAAUAGUAUUUACCAUUUUUCCAAACUAGCAAAUACUUGGAUGGGUAUGUUUUCAGUGAUAACUGAAUACAUUGGAUUCAUUUCUGUGAAAGUGGAUUUUGUGGCCUGUCCAAGAAACGGAUCAGGGAUUAUCAGCUGGAUGAGAAGCGCCCUAAGGAUUUAUGGAUCUGGGCAAGCUGUUGCUGAUGACAUCAGCUUUGUUGUCAGAGCUGGGAUUACUGUCACUGUUACGCCCGUCGUGUCAUUGGUAGUAACACUCCUGGAGGGCCUGGCUGCCCAACCCAGGGGGGAAGAGCCUUCACGUCCCACCCCUGCCUGCCAGCCGAACACGCUGCCAGAAAGCAGCGCGUUCACGCGACAGGCUGGUCCUGGCGUCUCUACAUGAAGACCCACGGCAAGCUUUCUCUGUGUACCAUGAUCAGUGCCUUCUACUGAUACCGGAGCACCUUCUCUGGUACCUUUAGGUGUUUUGUUAAUUAUGUUCAUUUUUUGGAACUGUGUAAGCCUAACCCCAAAUAAAAGAUGUUUGCCUAUGUU